AUGAAGUUUGUGGAACCAUUUUAUGCGUGUUAUAUGCAAGAGAAGCAAAGAAAAGAUGUGGAUGUGCAAUGCUUGAAUUUUGGAGAUUGGGUUCCACAAACUUCAUCUCUAAAUUUCAGAGUAAGUACGAAGCCACCGGAGCUAGUAGUCCCAGCUACCCCCACACCCCGUGAGCUUAAGCUGCUAUCUGACAUAGAUGACCAACUUUGCCUGCGUUUACAAAUUCCUUUAGUAUUUUUCUAUGGUUACCGACCUUCAAUGGCAGGGAAAGACCCUGUUCAAGUCAUUAGACAAGCACUCGCCAAAACACUUGUGUUUUACUAUCCCUUCGCAGGAAGGCUUAGGGAGAGUCCUAAUGGCAAACUAAUGGUUGAUUGCAACGGAGAAGGUGUCAUAUUCGUCGAGGCUGAUGCAGAUGUCACAAUUGAGCAGUUUGGUGACAAUUUGUUGCCCCCAUUCCCUUGUUUCGACAAGAUCCUUUUUAACAUUCCUGGUUCAGAUGGAAUCAUAGACAGUCCAAUCUUGCACCUUCAGGUUAUCUUACUCAUCUUACUUUGA